AUGUCCGAAAUUAUGCAGCGUUGGCGCCCCGAGACUCCCAAGCCGUCGAAGUUUGCAGAGAGCCGCUCUCACUUGAGCUCUUCUUGUAGCGAAUGCCAUAGGAGGAAACAGAAGUGUGAUAAGAAACAGCCAUGCGGUAACUGUGCACGGAGAUAUCCUCCUCCUCAGUGCACUUACCGGAGAUGUAACUUGGGAGUCAAGUCUUCGACUGCUACCUUAAAUACAUCUUCGGGAACUAGUGAUAUAGGGGGUCAAGCGUCGGGCUACUCUACCUAUCCCGGCCAGGAUGUCAACCCUAGGGAAGAUCUCCCGCAUCAAACACCGUUACUUUCGAAUGUCGACAGUGCAGGAAAUGGCUUGCAAAGUACCGGAAAUAUUACGGCCCCUUUGGGUUUCCUGGACUCGAUUGAGCCGGUGUCCGCAUACCAGGGCCUCCUUACGGCUAUGACCUCUUUUCCAUACUACAGCGACCAUGAGGAAUUUUUAGGUUUGAGUCAAGAGGUCGGCCAGGCCGGCCAGGUCGACCAAGGUAGCUGGGACUCGAACAGCGAUAAUGUGAUAGCCAUGCAACGAUUGAGAUGGGCGUCUCAUAAUUCAGAAGCCGGCGGGCCUCCAGCUUACUUCAGUAUAAAUUCUGUGGACCCUUUACAUUUUCUGCCUUUGACCCCAACUGUUCAGAACACCGAAUUAUUCAAUAUAUGUGGGUCAGCCAUCCAACUCUAUCUCGACUCCACACUAACUAAGACUCGUUCUCAAGUCGUCAAAUUAAUCACGAAAUACGUCGUCUCCAUUGACGGAAAUCCAUCUCCGAAUUACUACAAUGACCACUGGGUCCCAUGGGCAAUAAAAUCACCAGUUUUGGCACAACUAGCGAUAUAUACCGCAUCCUGCUAUCAGUCAGAGCUUCAAAAGGUCCCUGCCAACCAAUCACCCCUGGCUCUUGGGUUGAAGGCAAGAUCAAUCGAGAUUUUGAAUGAGAUGCUCAGGAGUGAACACAAUUCAACCUCGGAUGAGGCUAUAGCAGCUGUUGUAUAUCUCAUCACCAAUGAGUGGUACUGGGGAAUACAAGAGAAUGUGCAGGCACAUAUGAGUGGUCUUCGAGAAAUGGUGAAACUUAGGGGUGGUGUAGAAGGGGACAUGAACCGCUUUUUGCGACAAAUGAUUAUACUAUGUGAUUACCACAUAUCUUGCUCGAAUGACUACGAGCCCUCUUUUCACCACAUCACUCCAGACCUAGUCACCAUUCCAAUAUAUAUGAGCACUCCAUUUCUCAGCUCCAAGGAACGAUUCUCGAAUCAUACCAAGGAGCUCAACAUUGACAAAGAGACUGCCAUAAUAUUGGAUGACAUGCGUUUCUUAACACUAUCGGUACUCAAACUUGAAAGUUCUAAACCUCUGGAACAAGAUCUAACAAAACUUAUCGCGACAUCAACCUGGAUCCGUGAUCGAAUCAUAGAGUUACCAAAGAUCUCCGCCCCGCCCAACUCACCCAGCGAAUUCAUUUACGCCAGCACCCGUCUCGCAGCAAUAAUAUAUUGCAAAGCCAUAGUGAACCGCACCUCCUUAUCCCAAGCUUGCACGAUGGAGGAACUCAACGCACUCUGGGGAGUUAUGUGGCGCGUUAGACUCACACAGUGGAAACAGAUUCCCGGGAUAUUUCUCUGGAUUUUGUUGUCCGCGACCCAAGCUGCACAGAAUACGCCACAUGGGAGGUUUUUGAAGAGUAUGAUUAAGACAUCAAGUUUUUAUAUUGGGCUCGCGGAGUGGCCCGUAGUAGAUGGGACAUUCCGGGCGUUUGUGAGGAUGCAGAGGUGGUUGAGGAUUGGGUGGGAGGAGACCGGGUCUUGA